AUGUUUUUAUGGUCACAAAUUUUUUUUCAUUUCAUUUUUUCUUCUAAAAACAUUAUGACCAGCAAACGAGAAUUGGCCAAACGUUUGGAUCGAUUGGAAAAUCGUAUCGAUAAAUUAUGUUCGAUUCGUAAUCGUUUUGGUGAAUGGUUAUUUAUCGAUACAGAUCGUUGGUUAAUGUUGAAUCGAAUAAUUGAUAGACCACCAUCAUCAUCGUUAUCAUCAUCAUCGAUAUCAAACAAUCAAAUGAAUAGAGCAACAACUAGCCGUGGUUCUUGUGAUUUGGAUCAAGAUCAAGGCUAUAAAAGUUUAAUAACAAAAAUCGAAUCAAAACAGCCUAAUAUCGAAAAUGUAACUAAUGAUCAACAACAACAACAAGAACAACGACAAAAACAUAUUGUUUAUCAAAUAAUAAUUGAAGCAAAUCAUUCAAUGAUAUUGGCCGGAUUUAUAAAUUCAUAUAUGAUGUCAUUAUUUAAAAAUCCAUUAUUUACAAUCAUACGAACAAGUCCAGAAAAAAUGAUUAUAUUUAUUGAAUGUCAAAAAACUGUUGAAAAUUUUUUAAAACAUUGUCAUUAUGAUCUAUCAAAAGGAUGUUGGCAAUUUGAUUUAAACAAUAUAAUGCCAAUGAAAAUUACCUUGGAACAAUCCAUUUAUUAUGAUUGAUAUAUAUUCCAUAAAACGAAUGAAAAAUUAUUAUUAUUUCAUACGAUAAUGUCAACCUUUUUUUCUUUCUCUCAUUUAUUGAAAUAUGGUUAUUGUGAU